AUGACAUUCGAGACUCUCGGGGCAAUUGAAACGGCGUCGAAUUCUUUGGAUGAUGACAAUACGAGCACCGAAGCCACUCCUGGAUCGAGUCCUACCAUCACCUCGACGCCUACACAAACCACCACGGCCACUAAUACUGAAGCCACAACUACCGCCGAUGACGGCGAUGGUGAUGAGACUACAAGUACAGACGGGGCCGCAAUGACCACCGAUACGCCCACCACCACUACAAACCAAGCCACAACCACCUCCCUUGAUGAUGAGUCAUUGUCGGAUCUUGAUGAUCUCCUCAGCAUUUAUGAUGCCAUCACAUCAACAGCUGCUGCAAUGCAAGCCACCCCUACAGGCGAUGUCUACAUCGCGGCAGUGAAGGAAAAGAAGGGUUGGUACUGGUACACAUGGAUGGUUGAGCACGGCACCUAUCCUGACUGGUGUGUUGAUGGAAAUGAUAGCCAGGGCCAGUCGAGAGAGUAUGCAGGUGACUACGACGGCAUCGAUGAUGUUACCCUCCCGCACUCCCUCUCGGACGCCGACCAAGCCGAAUAUGUCUAUCCGGACGAUGAUGACACCGCCACGCAACUCCGCGACUGUGUUUUCACCCCAGGAAUAAACACCUUCCGGUGCGACGGUCUUGAAAACCCCCAUCAAGUGUGA